AUGUCUGAAUUGCGCGAAUCAGGCCCCAUCAACAUAUCUUACGAGCGUCUUGACACCGGAACGCCUGAUCAGCAUCGCUACGCUGCUGUGAUGGUUCUCUCUGAUCAUGGCCUGACCCACGCGAUCGCUGAUACUGUUCUGGAUAUCGAGAAAUGCAUCUACACUGCUGCUCAAAUUGAGUGUGCCAAACCCUGCGAGGGCGAUGACGAGGGUAACGCAAUCACCACAAGUCCUUCCUCUAACGCCCACAAGAAGCAAUUACACGAACAUAUUGCUGCCGGAGACCCCCCUGACAUGGCUUGCAACUCGUAUUUGACUGCUGCCUUCGAGAAGUACGCAAGCUGUAUCAACCAAGCAAAAUGCAUCUGCUGUACAAUAGCGUCGAACGGCCUCACUUCUUCAACAUGCUACAGGCCCGCAGCCCUUCAGGUUAUUAACGUGACACCAAAGGCGUCUGUUGCCAUUGGAGGCACGGGCUGCACCAGCUUCGGCGUCAAGCUUUCUUAUGUCUUGUUCAUGACACUUGGUGUCACUCAAGCUUGGGUCAACUUAUUGACGCCCGCGCUCGCACCACCCUGCGCUGAUCCUCAACUGGAGACUUGGCGCCGUAGGCUUUGGAACCAAGCUAUCAAGGCGGGCUUGACGGCGUUCGUAGCAUCCCCGUCGUUGUACUUUCUUGGGGCGAGGAUCUAUCUCACCGACAAGAAGGAGAAGGCGAUUGUUUCUAUUGUCCUAGGUCCGGCUGUCAGAGCGAUUGCUGUUCCUGAAAUUCAUCAGCCUGCUCUGUCCACUCUCUUCUACAGUCCUGGCAUCGAACUGGAUAUGCUUGUUGUGACCAACAUCAACGCUACCUAUCUCUACUCUGUUGUUGCCUUUGGCUUCCAAAUGGCAGGAAAACCACUUGGAACAUUUGAAUUCGUUGGAGCUACUCUCCUCAUUAUAUUGACCGUCGUUCGGCGUCUGAUCGUCACUUUCUCUCAUUGCAAGGCCAUUUCCGCUGUCUCUGUCCAGUUCAUCCAACAUACCAUGGCUAACAGGCGCCAUCACAGAGAACGAUCCCCCCUUACGGAAGAGAGAUUCUUUGAUGGGGAGAAGAAGGGUUUUACAACCGAUCCAGCCAAGGUCCUCGUGGCUAGUGGAAACCAACCUGUCUCUGCGGCGUUCUCUAAGCACCAGGUUAUCCUCACCAGUGAGGACAACGUCAAAGGGCAUGUCACAGAUAUUCACGUCGUGCCUGGUGCAGGGAUUGAGGAUAAAUUUGGUGACGAUGUGAGGACUCUCCACGCUGGCCGCUCACGUUAA